AUUGUUGUAGCAACGAAUCCAGGUGUUUUUAAUCAAAACCAUAUCUAAAGUGGAUAAAGUGAUAUGUCUUGCGAAAUUAUAGUUUUGUCGAACUUUUGAAGCAAAAUUAAUUUCAUUAAAAUGUAUCAUAACUUACGUUUUAGAAGAUACAUUUUUUUUCAUCUUUUAAACAAUUUCAAAUUGGCAAUUUGAAACACAGGUACAUUUAUCAUCAUGCCAUCUGUUCCAUUUGAAAGAAUUCCAUUGCCGAGCUUACAGACCUACACUACAAUUAGUAUUUUACUUUUCUCAUGUUCAAUAUAUUAUGCCAUUCAAGUUACUUCAGACCCCAAUUGGGUAAUGAAUGUAACUGAAAAUGCAAAUCCAUUGGAUAGUGGCCAAGAAAAUGUAGCAUCAACAGAUUCCUUAGACAAUGAGCUGAACGGCAAAGCACCAAUAGAAAGUAACAGAAUGCUGCUACACAAAAUGCUCAUGAGCAAUUCUAAAACAAAAAAAAUGUAUGAAAUGCUGUAUGUCAUCAUGGAAGAGCCAUUAUGUGUUUGGACUUUGAUUAAUAUGGUAUACUGUGUCAUGAUUUUAAUUGGCAAAUGUAUACAGAAAAUUGUGUUUGGAGAUCUUAGAGCCAUAGAACAACAGCAUAUCAAAGACAAAUUUUGGAACUUUGUUUUUUACAAGUUCAUUUUUAUCUUUGGUGUUAUGAAUGUUCAGUUUAUGGAUGAAGUAGUGAUGUGGUGUGGUUGGUUUUCGUUUGUUGGUGCCUUUCACUUAUUGUCCAUUUUAUGCAAAGAUAGGUUUGAAUAUUUGUCUUUCUCUCCAACUACUCCAAAAUGGGCCCAUUUUCGUUUAUUUUCUUUGAUAUUUUUCAUCCUAGCAGUGUCUGUUAGUUUAUGCACAAUAGUUGGUCUGAAUGCCAAUUUGAAUAUAUUUUUCUUCAUGGCUGCUGAGUGGGCACUUGUUAUUAUCCGAACAAUCUAUGUCCUUGUGAGGUAUGUCAUUCACUUAUAUGAUAUCACUCAUGAAGGAGUAUGGGAAAAGAGAAGUGUUUUUACUUACUACUGCGAACUUAUUUGCCAAGUAUCAAGUCUUAUAGUUGAUAUUCUGCACCAUUUACAUAUGCUAACUACAUUGCAAUUGCUUGUGCUUAGAACUAGAGUGAAGCUGUGGAGAAAUCUUUUCAUCUCAGUAGCGAGUCUGGUGAUAUGUGUCCAGUUGCGGUGCUUUUUUAAUGAACUUCAACAGAAAAUAGCUCGCCAUAAUAAUUAUUUAAGAGUGUCUCGACAUUUAGAAAGACAUUUCCCACUGGCUACAAAAGAAGAGCUCGAUGCUAAUACUGAUGAUUGUGCUAUUUGUUGGGAUAAAAUGGAAACAGCUAGGAAAUUACCUUGUGGUCAUUUGUUUCACACUUCUUGCCUACAUUCAUGGUUAGAGCAAGUUACAAAUUGCCCAACAUGCCGUACUUCACUUGUGCCAAAACGAAAUACAACUUCCGAUGGAGGUCAUCUUGGACAAGAUCCUCGCCAGCCAACUCAAACUACAAAUCGUUUAUUCCACUUUGAUGGGUCAAGAUAUGUUAGCUGGCUUCCCAGUUUUUCUGUUGAAGUUAGCCAUACCAGUUUGCUUGGUGAGAGACCAACUAUGAUGCCUGCUCGUGCUGAAUAUGAUGCAAUGGUUGAUCUAGUUCUUGCAGUUUUUCCACAUAUGCCAUAUUCUGUCAUACAUGAAGAUCUCCAAGUGACACAUUCUGUAGAGCAAACGCUUGAUAACAUAUUAGAAGGAAGACUUGUUGCACCUGUAAGGGAGAGCAGAAGUUCAUUUAGUCAUGCCUUCCAUCCUGCUCCACUUACUGGUAUGAGUGCAGAGGCAAUUCACUUGAGAGAGCCUCCUUCUCGAGAAGGAGGAGAGAGCUCAGAUUCUGGGGUGUCAGAUAACACAGUCAGGACAGAAGAGUCCACCAUUGUGACAGGAGCCGAGGGUUGUCGCUUUUCAAAAAAUUCCCAGGAGCGAGAAACCAUGUUAUCUCGACGUAAGGAGGAAUUAAUAAGAAAACAAAGAAGCAAAUAUAUUUAUCGAAUUUUGUCAACUAACAACAGACCUGCCAGAAAUGGAGAAUCAAGUUCGUCAGAAUAAGGAAUCAGACAAAUUUAUUUCAAAUUUGUUUGUUUUAUCCUUCAAUGACAGAAUGUAGCUGAGGAACAUUUCUGUGAAAGUGUCUCAGAAUCAAUCUCUUUAUGAAACUUUUACAUUGCCUUUAAAAUGAAAAGUUGGGCUACCAGCUUCAGAAGCUUUUUAUUAAAGGAAACUAUGUAUAUACGAAAUAGGCAGUAGUUAACUAUUUGAAAAUUAAAGUGAAUUGCAUUUUAUUUUGAGGAAUUUUUUCUUGUGAUUUUGAUGAAUUUUCUUAUUAUUAAAGAGAAUCCAUAAUUUAAAUAGUAGUUUGAAUGGUAUAUUUAGUUUGAGGUUGUUAAUGAUUUCUUGCACUUGUAAAAACUGAAUUUUGAAUUUGGAUUAAAAAAAAAAAAUUCAUUAUUAGUGAUGGAAUGUGUAAAAUAUUUUUGUGAGGUAAUAUUUGCUAUUGAGUAUUUUAGCCAAUAUUAUUUAUUACUAUUUUUUUUUGCUGCAAGGGAAAAAAACAAUAAAAAAAUGAAACAUUUUUGGUUCAUAAAUGCUGUGCGUGCUAUUUUGAUAUAAAUGGAAUUGUUGAAAAAUAUUAGAUAGAAAUGAAAUUGCUCAAUUUCUGUUGUUAUUCAUCAAAUUAUUAUUCAUGCCAUACUAAAAAAUAAUAAUAAUAAAAAAAACAUUUGCCAGAUAAUAAGACAUUUUUAGAAUUAUAGAAAAGUCUUGAAAUAGAUCUUGAAAUUUGCAAUUAAUUAGGGUUCAUUUCAAGACACCCAAAGGGUUAUAAGCAUCUCUAUUAGUAAAAUAUUUCAAUCAAAUUAUUAAAUGGUUGCACUGUUUCUUAUAAAUUUUUAUUAACUUUAAUUAUUACAUAGGAAUUGCAAUAAAAAAUAACUGCUUGGCUCAUAUUGCCAAGUAGUUUCAUGGUUUCUCCAUGGAAAUGAUAAUUUUAAUUGAAACAUUAAAUCAUAAAAUUUUAUCAUUAGUUUCUGGAUUUCAUAUUAGAUUAGUAUUUUUCAUGUAUUCAUUCAUAACAUUAAAAAUACUGAUGCUUUCCUCUUUCAUUGUGGUUUAACCAGAUGCAAUUUGGUUUGUUUAAAAUUAGUAUUGGAAUUUUUUUUUGUAGUGAAAAAUACUUUAUACAAGUAUUGGAAUGUUUGUAUAUAGAAAAAUGCAUUCCCUUGAAAGAAAAGGUUAUUAAUUCAUAAAGUUGCAUUUUAUGCCUGUGAUGGGCAAUUUUAAUCAUUUAUUGAUAUAAAUUUUUUGUAAUUGGGGUAAUUAUCUUGAAAGCAUUUUAUUUGAAACUGAAAAUUAUGUGUUGAGAGAGUUAUAUGUAUAUAUUUCUUCUAUGUUGUGUUAAUAAUUCCUCUUAAUUUUAUGUGUUAAAAUGUUAAAUGCAAAUAUAUUAAAUUUAUUAAUUUA